AUGCAGCUUUCUCCUCGCUUCUUUGUUCUUGCAUCCCUCGCCAUCGCCGCCGUCAGUGCGCUCCCGGCCCACCAAGACGGUGGCGACGUGUUCUCGUUCGAGUCAAAGAAUGAACAAGUCAACGACGAGAGCAACGGUGUCGGGUUGCACAUCAACAACAACAUCGGUCCCUCCAAGACGAUUCAGCACGUCGACGCUACUUCUUCGGCCAAGCUUCACCAGGCAGCAAGCCAGGAGACCAAGGUGGCUGGCGGAAAGUUCGACGACCUGGGCGACCUCAACCGUAGCGGCGGCCUGCCAGCCUUCAUGUCCAGCCUCAACAUCCGCGGCGGCGAGCAGCCCGAGACGCAAAAGGCCGACAAUGGCACCGUGCAAGGACACAAGGCUCUGGGCGCAUCCAACAAGACCCACCCCACACACGAGGCCGGCUUCCCCGGGGCACAGAAACAUGAGACCAAGGCGCUCCGGACGUGGUUCGCAGAGUACGUCAAGGAAAACAAGCAGGGCAGCAAGAUCAACUGGGUGCCCCUCAUCGACGUCAUCAAGGACCCCAAAGUCAAGGCUGACCUGAAGCAGAUGGUGACCGGCAACGGCACGGAUACUGGCAAGGGCAGUGGCACGGGCAAGGGCAUCGGCAACAGCACAGUGCCCCUCACCACCACAGACAGCUCCCCCACGAUAAGCGCAAGCGACUCUUCUGCCAGCUCCGCCGACCCUGCGGACGCGUCUUUGAGCUCGAGCAGCAGCAUUGCUUCCACGACUCAGAGCUCUUCAGCUGACGCAGAACGCCGCGCGGCUGCCCAACCCACGUCAGCCCCCGUCGUCUUCAGCAAGAAGUCCGACGUCAACAACAUCCGUGACCUGACCGGCAUCAGGCCCCUCGAGGACAUCGUGGGCCGUGACCUGCACCUUGGAAGCAAGCCGCGAUUUGUUUAA